UUUAUUGAAACGUUGAACCACCGAGGCAAGUGGGCGUAUAGGAACAUACGGAGCCAAUGUGCCGUUUUACGCGCUCGGAGGUUUAACUCGGGAGUUGGCCCUGGUGAUGCGCAUCAGCCGGAGGCGUCCAGUGCAGAAGCAACAGGCGGUGCCGCGCUCCUGAGAGACAGCUGACUCCGGGCGGACUCCAACAGAACCACCAUCUGAUGUGUGAAGCCCAUCCAUGAGAACGAGAUGCGUGAUUUCAAUGAGAAUGACAGACGGAUCAUCUCAGGUUAGAUUGUGUGAUUCGCCGGGAUCCACUCGAUCGGAACGAGCACGGCGCGGACAUCAUUACGCGCGGCACCAGUUGAGGAAAAUCGAUUGUGAAGCGCCUUGGUUAACGCGAGAGGAAGUGAAACCAGCCAACCAAUAACCGCACACGUAUUUUCCUCGCGUUGGCUGCAGAAGUAGCCGCUGCAACUUAAUUUUGCAUCAGAGAUUUGUUUGUCCGUGGAGCGUUGCAUUGGACCCGCAUGCUCGCAGGAACCCCCGGCGCGCACUUGAUGCCAGGUUUGGUGAUGCCAUGCCCCGCAAUCACAGCGGCGAUGAAGGAGGAGGCGCUGCCGGGCUCUGGAUGAGGACGUCGCCCGGGCACCGCACCACCGAUGGUUAUGGCUUGAAGGAUGUGGAGUUGGGAGGAAGGAUGAACAACGCUGCUGGAGAUGGUCUGCUGCUGUCCACGGGGAUAGGGGCUCCGGAGAGCCUGCGGGGGAAGCAGGGGGCCCGGCUCAGUCUGCUGGGGAAGCCGCUCAUAUACAGCGCGCAGAGCGGCCGGAGGAACGUGCGCUACCGGCGGCUCCAAAACUACCUCUACAACGUGUUGGAGAGACCCCGCGCCUGGGCGUUCAUCUACCACGCUUUGGUGUUCAUCCUCGUGUUCAGCUGCCUGGUUCUCUCGGUGUUCUCCACCAUCCCGGCCCACCAGGACUUCUCCUCCUACUGCCUGCUCAUCCUGGAGUUUGUGAUGAUCGUGGUGUUCGGCUUGGAGUACAUCGCCCGGAUCUGGUCCGCUGGCUGCUGCUGUCGCUACCGGGGAUGGCAGGGACGGCUGCGCUUCGCAAGGAAGCCCUUCUGUGUGAUCGACAUCAUUGUGCUGAUCGCGUCGGUGGCGGUGGUCUCGGCGGGCAGCCAGGGGAACAUCUUCGCCACCUCGGUGCUGCGCAGCCUCCGCUUCCUGCAGAUCCUGCGCAUGGUGCGCAUGGACCGCCGGGGCGGCACCUGGAAGCUGCUGGGCUCGGUGGUCUACGCCCACAGCAAGGAGCUGGUGACGGCGUGGUACAUCGGCUUCCUGGUCCUCAUCUUCUCCUCCUUCCUGGUGUACCUGGUGGAGAACAAGUUCAACAAGGAGUUCGCCACCUACGCCGACGCCCUGUGGUGGGGCACGAUCACCUUGACGACCAUCGGCUACGGAGACAAGACCCCCAAGACAUGGACGGGCCGUAUGCUGUCGGCGGGCUUCGCCCUCCUGGGAAUCUCCUUCUUCGCCCUGCCAGCCGGUAUCCUGGGCUCCGGCUUUGCGCUGAAGGUCCAGGAGCAGCACCGACAGAAGCACUUUGAGAAGCGUAGGAACCCGGCGGCCUGCCUCAUCCAGUGUGUGUGGCGGAGCUACGCGGCCGACGAGAACUCUGUUUCCAUAGCGACCUGGAAACCUCACCUGAAGGCGUUGCACACCUGCAGCCCCACCAAGAAGGAGCAGGGGGAGACCACGACAAGCCAAAAGCUGAGCUUCAAGGAGCGUGUGCGCAUGGCGAGCCCCCGCGGCCAGAGCAUCAAGAGCCGGCAGUCGGUGAACGAGCGGCGCUCCCCGGUGGCCGAGACCCCCCCGCCGGCCACCGCCGAGGGGGGCAGCCCCGCCAAGGUGCAGAAGAGCUGGAGCUUCAACGACCGCACCCGCUUCCGGCCCUCGCUGCGCCUCAAGAGCCAAUCACGCUCCACCACCGACGCAGACUCCAACAUGGCGGGGGGCGAGGAUGGGUUCGAUGAGAGGGGGUGCCACUGUGACAUCUCUGUGGAGGACCUGCUGCCGUCGGUCAAGUGUGUCAUCAGAGCUGUCAGGAUAAUGAAGUUCCACGUUGCCAAGAAGAAAUUCAAGGAGACGUUGCGGCCCUACGACGUGAAGGACGUGAUCGAGCAGUACUCUGCCGGUCAUUUGGACAUGCUGUGUCGCAUCAAGAGCCUUCAAACCAGGCUGGACAUGAUAGUGGGCCCCCAGCCCUUCAGCAGCAGAGCCAAGACCUUUUCCUCCCCCUCCCUCUCCGCCCUUUACAGCCAGUCCAGGAAGAGCUCCACGCAGGGGGUGGACCAGAUCCUGGGGAAGGGCCAGAUCCCGCUGGACAAGAAGAUCCGGGAGAAGCUGCUGUCGGAGGGGGACGUCCUGGAGGACAUGAGCAUGCUGGGCCGGGUGUGUAAGGUGGAGCGGCAGGUCACCUCCAUCGAGUCCAAGCUGGACUCCCUGCUGGACAUCUACCGCCACGUCCUGAACAAGGGCCCGUCCUCCGCCCUGGCGCUGUCCUCCCUGCCGCUCUUCGAGCUGGAGCAGACCUCCGACUACCAGUCCUCCGUCUACAGCAAGGAGCGCUCCUGCUCCACCCAGGCCAGCAGCGACGGCGGCGGCGGCGGCGGCGGCGGCGGCGGCGUUGGCGGGGGCGGCCCGCCGUCCAGCGGCUGCGUCUCGCGCUCCUCCUCCUCCUCGGCCGCCGCCGCCGCCCAGCUCUCCCAGGGGGGGCUCCACCUCAUCCUGGUGCCCCCCAACGAACUCAACCUCAACCUCAACACCUCCGCCUCCACGCCGCCCUCCGCCCUCUUCAGCCCGCCGCCGCUGCCCCACCACCACCACCACCACCACCACCACCACCUGCCCCACCGGUACCACCACCACCACCUCCAGGCCCAGCCCGCCGCGCCCUGCUGCGCCGGGGGGGACGAGGCGCCCCUCCUCAGCCCCAGCAGCAACCCCCCCGACGGAGGAGGAGGAGGAGGAGGAGACGGAUGUUUCCCUCUCAUGGCCAGACUCCCCCCCCCGCCGGGGCCCCGUCGGACUCUGGGCCCCGGGAAGGUGUCCCCGUUGAGGUCGCCGUUGGACUUGCGUGGGGACCCCCCGGUGGGGCCGGGGGUGCGAGACGGCCGCGGCGGGGGCGUGGGGGAUGACCUGGGCCUGGGCCUGGGCCUGGGCCUGGGCCUGGGUCUGGGCCGGCUACUGCAGGGCGGCAGCAGCGCCGACGCCCGGCUGAGCACCAAGGAGGACGGCUCCUGGAGGCGGCACAUGAGCCUGGAGAUGGAGCCCCUGGUGCCCCUGGCCGUGGACCGCCGCCCGGGGCCCGAGGAGGCGGACCGCGACCGCGGCCUGGAGAAGUCCAUGUCGGCGCAGGAUCUGAUGCAGGCGAUCCCGUGCGCCAACGUGGACGCCCGGCACUGCCUCAGCCUCUCGUCCCCCAGCCCCAGCACCGGCAGCGACUCCCCCUCCGGCCUCCCGGUGGGCUGCCAGGACCCUGGAGGAGGAGGAGGAGGAGGAGGAGGGGGAGGAGGAGGAGGGGGGGACGGAUGGGGAGAGGAAGACCUCUUCAUCAGCGACAGGGACUUGGAGACGAGGACGGUGGACUUCCUGUCCCAGGGGACGGCCGAGGCGCGGUACUCGUCAGAACUACUGAGGACAGGUGUGAGGCUGGGGGGGGGUCCCGGGGACUCUGAGCAGAGCCUGGCCAGCGACCCCUUCUCCACGCCCUCGGCCGACAGCACAGAGUCCCUCAACACGCCCCACGUACGGCUAAAAUGACCCCCCCCCCCCCAGGUGAGGGCCCCCCCCCCCCCCCCCAUUGAAUCUAAUGGGGGCCUGGCUGCAGCGCUGCAGGACCUUUUCCUGCCACUAGAGGGCGACGGUGUGGAGGAGUGUAGUGGGGGCGCCACUCGUUUUUACAUGGAGCGAUUCGUCGCUCGUUUAUUUUCAUACAGGUCGAUAACACAUGACAUAUCAUCGCAUGAUCGUUUUUUAUUCUUUGCCAGGUUAAGCCUGCGAUGUUAAAAGUGGAACUUUUUUUUAAAAAAAAAGCGGAGCAGAAAUGUAAAAUAAAACAAACAACAAACACAAGUACUAGUUGGUGAAUGAAAUGGCCGGGGACAAAAUGGCUUCCGAUUGCGGUCGGUUGGUUUUGACCUGAAGACAUUGCAUGGACACGUUUUUUAGUCGAUGGAUGAAGGCGUUAACGGUACACACGGCUAAUCUACUCUCAACAAUGCAAGUAGUUAGAGAAACCUAAGCCUUACAUCCACUCUGUCUGGAGGGGUCGCUCUCUAGAAGUCACCUCUAUCUCCGGUUGUGUGAGAGGUGCCAUCAUUGAAAAAGAAUGUUGCCUUGGAAAAGGCUUCCAUCCGUCACCUGCUUGUCUCUCCAAUGAUAAGAUAAUCGCAACUCCUUCGUUGAUUUUCUGACUAGCGCAUACAGAAAUAAUCAGCGUAAGUACUGUUAUUUUAGUUUUUUUUAAGACCUGUCGGCGAGCAUGCAUGCGAGUGUCAUUUAGCAUUAUGAAAUGUCCAAAAUAAGAAAUCUUCAACCAUGUAGGGAAAACAAACCCAGAUUGAGAGAAGCCACUUUUUUUUGACACCCAAAUCCCCAACGUGUCACAAUGUUUGGGGUAUAUAUAGUGGGUUUUGGUACUUCUGGCAAAUGUCAACUGUGAGUUACACGAUACAUUAUGGCACACAUACACUCACACGUUAAAUCGUAUGCAUCCUAACGCAGAUACAAGCACAUGUGCCAGCUCAUCCUUGUGAAUGCAUGUUUACAUGUGGGACAGACUGUGUUUUAUGUGUUAAUCGUGUCGUAUUUGUUUCUUAUUUGGUCUCAUAUUGACCAGGGGCCAUAUCGUUAAAAAAAGCAAAGCUAAAUGAUCUGUAGUAGCUCCCUCUCAACGACGCAUCCAGCGGUUAUGGGUUGAAACAAGCUGAAUGUUUUUUGUUCAAUGGGUUGUUUGUGUUAUCGGAGCAGCUGCUGACCUCCCGGUUCGGAAGAAAAGCAAGGUCUUUUGAUCUGAUGAAAAGAACAUUACUCUCAAAGAGAAAGCGUUCAUUCAAGCGUUUCUCUUAUUUGGCUGUCCCAUUUUUAAAGGAUUCAUUCCCUAAAAAGUGUAUCUCUGUUUUUGCUUUAUCCAAAUGAAUUUUGCUGUAGAAUGUAUAGCCCCAAAAGACAACUAGUUACUGUUGUGUUUUCUUAUUUUACCAUGAAUUCAGGUAUAUCUUAUAAUGUGGGUGGAUGUCUGACAACGUCUAUCGUUGAAGAAUAAUUAUUGUUAUUCCCAUUGUAUGGAGAGCAUACUGUAUAACGAGCAACGCAACCAAAGCUUCCCUGACUCAAACCCCUUCAAUCAGACGUCAGGACUUCAGAGAAAACGGUUAAGAUGAAAACGUUUAAGAUCCAUAAGAAACACUCGACAAAAUUGGAUUCAGCUUACUUUGUUUCAAUCCAUCAAGCAAGUGGAUGCAGUGUGGGUCGAUGCUCUUCAAUGCUAAGGUUGUUAUAUACCGAAAGAUACUUGUGAGAAUGAAUCUGCUAUAUCUAUUAAUCAUUUGCAAUCACUGUUCAAGUACACUCUAUACCGCUGAACGUAGUUUGACUCCCAGCGCUGAAGUGAAGUCUACAUGUGCAGUACAUAUAUGGUGCCUUGCUUCUAUAGUUCCCUUUCAGUCCCACAUUUGCUUUACUUUUUAACAAUGUAUGCCUUUAUGUACCCCUGACAAAGAAGAUUCUCCCGGUCUUUACUUUAAUGUUUUAAUUCCUCAAAUAUGACUUGGGCAUUUUACGUUUUUUUGUAGUCCAAAAAAUGAAUUUGCUACUACAGAUGAGAAACUGGCCUUUAACAUGUUACACAUUAUGUCUCAUUCAUUUUAAUUUAUUUAAAUUAUGUGAACAUAUUUACACACUAGUAAUAAUCUGUUUGUUUCAAAGCCUGUAAUGUCAUGGAAAUGCAAAAUUAACUAUAAUUCUCAUACGUCAAUAAAAAACAUUCUUGCUA